AUGGCCACCGCGGCCUCCCUCUUCGCGAGCGAGGUCGUCCUCUACACGACCUCGUCCUCGCCCUCGGCUCCCGGAUCCAUGGCCAUCACCAACCUCGCCGCAUCUUCGUCGACCACGUCGCUUCUCUCGUUCAAGGGCCUCUCCGACCCCGCUGCCCACUCGGUCGACUAUGUCGCAUCCCAGCCCAACCCAGCGCUCGGUGGCACCGGCGGCCUCGUCUUCCAGCUCGAGGCCAACAAGGCCAUGCUCAACGUCUACUCGUUCCAAAAGGACCAUCCCGUCCUCCGCAUCAUCCUGCCCCAGAAGCUCUCCUGCCUCGCAGCAUCCCCCGACGGCGCAUUCGUCGCUGCCGGAAGCACGGACGGCCGCAUCUUCCUGUGGAACGUGGCCACCGGCGACCUCCUCGCUUCCUUUGACGCCCACUACCGCAGCAUCACCGUCCUGCGCUGGUCCAGCGACGCUCAGGCGCUCGUGACCGGCAGCGAAGACGCCCGCAUCCUCGUGUGGAGCCUGGCCGGCCUGCUGGCGCCUUCACAGCAGUCGUCGUCGUCCAUCACAUCCUCCUCGCACAACCCCACCCCCUACUGCACCCUCGCCGACCACAACCUCGCCAUCACCGACAUCGAGGUCGGCAACGGCGCCUUCCCGCACCAGAUGACCCUCUUUAGCUCCUCGCUCGACUCGACCGUAAAGGCGUGGGACGUCCGCACCAGGACGCUGCGCGCCACCUUUGCCUUUGACCAUCCCAUCCGACGCGUCGUCCUGGACCCCACCGAGCGCUUCUUUUUCGCCUCGACAUCGACCGGAUCCAAGGACACCAUCUUCCGCGUCGAUCUUUUCAGAAAGAAGCAGAUCGCGUCCGGCCACACUGUCGCGUCCUCGUCUUCUGCCGCCGGCGCAGGGACAGGCCUGUCGAUGGGCGCAUUCGUCACGCCAGCCCUCAAGGGCCUCACCACAUGGGAGGCGAGGGCCGACAACGCCACGUCGGAGCCAGAGCGCAUCACGGCCGCAUCUGCGACGCAGGACGGCAGCCUGAUCCCGAUUGCGGAUUCCAUCACCUCGCUUGCCCUCUCCCUCCACGCGACAUUCCUCCUCGUCGGCACGGCGUCGGGGAUGCUACUGGUCAUCGACGUGUCCAACUCGCAGGUGCUCAAGACAGUCUCGCUGCUCGGACAAGCAGGGGCCGCCGGCGCUGCGGCCUCCGGUCGCAACGCCGUGACCAACAUCAUCACCAUGAAGCGGCCACGAGAUCUCGUCGGUGGCUGGGAAGGUUCGAGCACCGGCAGCUCCCUCCCUCUGCCAAUCAGGCCAGUGGUGAAUUUCCAGCGGCAGGUCAAGGGCGAAGAUGACCGCUCCGACCUCGUCAUCAAUGUGCGGAUAGGCGAGCAGCCAGAUGCCGAAAGCUGGAUUGACCCGAUAUGGGACAGCUCGCGGCCCGCGACUUCCCUGGCGCUACAGUCUCAAGGCGGGUGGGGAAGCGGCGAUGCGGUGUCGUCAGCACUGGCAGGGUCGCUCGGAGGCGGCGGAGGCGGUGGCAGCAUGGUCGGAUCGGCGGAACAGGCGGAAAAGGUCGAGGAGCUCAGUCGCCAGGUCGAAGCGUUGCGGAAACAGCUCACCCGCGCCAAACAGGUCAACGACGAAAUCUGGAACAACGUCGUUCGAGACCGCAUCGUCGCCGCCGACAAUAGCCGGUAG